AUGAGAUUCAUUCUCUGUAUACUGGUAUUAUGCUCGGAAUUGUCUUUUGGAGAUACUUUCAAAACAAUUUUGCAUUUGGCUGACUUCCAUAUGGAUGUCGAUUAUUCCGUUAAUGGGGAGAAAUCUCAGAUGUGUCAUAAUGUCGGAAAUCAGUCUAAAACGAAUAAGCUAGGAUCGUAUGGAGAUUAUAUGUGUGAUUCUCCAGAAGCUCUUGUUGCGUAUACUCUGAAACAAGCUCGGUCUUAUGUGCAGAGCCCGGACUUAGUACUGUGGACAGGUGACAAUGUGCCUCAUAUCCAAGGAUAUUCAUGGGAUUAUGUUUAUAGAUGUAUUGAUAAAACAACCUCGCUAAUCAAGAAUGAGUUUUAUGGUAUUAACAUAAUACCGACUUUUGGUAACCAUGACUAUGCCCCUGCGAAUGCAUAUGACACUUACAGCGACUUAUAUUCGAGAACUUUUAACUUAUGGCAGAAUUACAUCCCAGCUGAUCAGAAAGAAAACUUUCUGAGAGGUGGCUAUUACAGAAGACAUAUUGAAGGCGCAGUUUUUCUUGUAUUGAACACCAAUCUUUAUUACAACGUCAAUGAGGCUUACGCCAACUUUACCAAUCCAGAUGAUCCAGCGGAAAUGUUCGCUUUUAUGGAGUCAGAGUUAGAAAGAGCUACAAAGUGCCCUAAUCAAAUUAACGGUGGUACUUGCUACAGUAUUGUUCAUAUCGUUGCACACAUACCUCCCGGCGCGUUUGAAAGAACUCCAUAUUACAAUUGGUUUCGACCUCAGUACAACGAGAGGUUUUUGAAUAUUACCGUUAAAUAUGCAAGUACCAUCAAGUGGAUGCUUUAUGGUCACCAUCAUACUGAUACAUUCCAUAUCAUUAGGGAUGAAUCCAAUAAGCCUGUUCAAAUGUCUUUAAUGGCUCCAGCAGUUACACCAUGGUUCUCUGAUCUACGUGGAGCUGGAGCGAAUAACCCGGCUUUCAGAAUAUAUAGAGCUUCUGAUGACUAUACAAAAAUAUUGGAUAUAGAAACGUAUUACGUUAAUUUGACUCAACUUAACAAUGAUCAGAAUGGAUUGGUCAACUUUGAGUUUGAAUACUCCUUCAAAGCUGCAUAUGGGUUAUCCAGUGAGAUAAAUGCAACUACUAUGGAUGAAGUCGUUCAAAAAAUGAAAACAGACAGUGAAACACUGCAGACAUAUUUGAAGUAUAACUCAGUCCAGUGGAAUGUUACAACCCCAACCGGAGAUCUUCUAAAUGCUCAGUUAUGUGCGCUAGAGUUUUCGGAUUAUCCAAGGUAUGAACAGUGUAUGCGGAAAGGAAAAUCUAAUAAUUUCGUUCCUCAAAUUUUCAUUUUCAUUAUUUUUCUAUUCUAUUUGUUAUGA